AUCUGUCUUGUAGAGUACUGCAGGAAAUGAACAAAAACAUCUAGUCUAACAUGGGGAGGAUUUUCAUUUCUGAGAAGCUGCUGCUGUAACGUGCUUCUUGUGCCGUGACUUUUUAUUAUUAAGAAAGUUCUGAGGUUGCAGCCAAUCUGGGAGACUUUUGUAGAAGAAAGAAAAGACACAUGGCAGCAUUUGGUUUGUGAACAAGACAUAAAUGCCAGGUAGCUUGUAUUGCACCAUAUAUUGCUGUACAGUAAUGGGCAGGAAUUGUACUUAGAGUUUCUGAAGCUUGAUGUACAAGUGAUUACUAAUGCCAUGAUGAAGAGUCACUCACGUUCCAUGAAUAACCUUUCAGUGUUCGAUGACCAGCUUCCGUAAUAAAAAUCUAAGGUAACGCAUUGGGGUACUACAUUGAGCUGAACCCAUUCCACUAGAAGUCAGGCUGCCAUGAGAUGCUUCUUGAAGCGGACAGUCAUUUUGUCAGCAUUUUCACUUUUUCUUCUCUUCGUCAUUAAGAAUCUGCAUGAAGGAAAUGAAGACUUUAAUACAAAUGAAGAAGAAAAGAGGCUGGGUCGUGAAAUAGCACUUAAUCAACUUUAUUCCAUCAGAAAUGUGCACAAUUUCCUGGAGCUGUGGAACGCUUCAUCAGUUAUGAAUGUUUCCUACCAGUACCUGGCAGGCAUUCCACCUCUUAAAAAAAAAUACCUCACCAUAGGACUCUCAUCAGUUAAAAGACAAAGAGGAAACUACCUUCAAGAAACACUGAAAUCCAUUUUUAAACAGUCCACCAAUGAAGAACUGAAGGACAUGGUGGUUGUGGUCCAUCUGGCAGACUUUGAUGUGGAAUGGAAUUCCAGAACCGCACAGGAAAUCUCAAGUAAAUUUGUGCACUACAUUAUAUCGGGCCAUCUGCUUAUCAUCCACGCCCCAGAGAAGAACUAUCCCCCUCUGACAGGACUCAAAAGAAACUUUAAUGACCCUCCUAAUCGAGUAACAUUCAGGUCAAAGCAAAACAUUGACUAUGCAUUCCUACUUAACUUUUGUGCCAGUUUAUCAGACUACUACAUAAUGAUAGAAGAUGAUGUCUAUUGUGCAAAAUCCUUUUUUACAGCAAUCAAAAAAGCAGUGGCCUCCAGAGAAGGAUCAUACUGGGUAACCUUAGAAUUCUCCAAACUGGGUUACAUUGGGAAACUUUACCACUCCAGGGAACUGCCAAGGCUAGCCCAGUUCCUUUUCCUUUUCUACCAAGAAAUGCCUUGCGACUGGCUUUUGACCCAUUUCCGUAGCCUGCUCACCCAAAACGAAGUCAUCCGUUUUAGGCCUUCCCUGUUUCAGCACAACGGGUACUACUCCUCAUUCCAAGGAACAGCAAACAAGCUGAAAGAUGAUGACUUUGAAGGAGACUCCGUUGACUUUCCUGAUAAUCCCCCCGCUGACAUCCAUACCAGUAUUACUGUCUUUGAGCAGUAUGCACCACAUAAGGCCUACAGCAAUGUUGAUGGAUAUUUCUGGGGAAAAUCCCCUCGUGUGAAUAACCAUUUCACAGUUAUGUUUAUCAAGCCAGUCAAUAUCAGCCAUAUAAACAUCAGAACUGGAACUCAGGAGCGUCCCAAUGACAUUUUGCACAGUGGGAAGGUCGAAAUAGGAACAAAAAUGACAAACAAAAUGUGUGGUGAUUAUAUAUCAAUAGGAGAUCUGGCCAGAGGGCAGUUUGACCAAAGUGGGAUAGAGCAUCUCAUCAAAUCUCCUGCUGAAUGCAUUAGAAUCUUAGUGACUAAUGAUCAGAAAGAAUGGGUAAUAAUAAAAAGUAUAAAUGUCUGGACAAAGAAAGAAAAUAUUGCAUAGUAGCUGAACAGGUCUUCCUAUUUGCACAGUUGCAAUUUUUUGCCAAAGUUUUAACUGAUCCCCAUUGAAAGGGGAAGGUAACAAGAAAACUAAACUAAGUGCUAAGUUUAUUCUGACAUUUGCACUGAUUGCAUUCCGUAUCUUCAUCUUUUAGCAGUGAAUGAUACAACCGCUGCUUGUCUCAGAUUCUGUAGACAAUUGGAAACCCUUACAGUGAAGUAUAGCACACUUUAACAAAGAGUUUAUAGUUUCCAAAAAGUUUUGCAAUAUCAUAGUUGCCCAUUCAUUCUCACCCAUAAUUCCCCGGAAGAUAUGGUGAAAAACCUCUCAGUGGUGCCUUAUAUAGAUUUUAUAGGUUGAUAUAAUCACAGAGUUAGCCACCAUAUCCCUUUCUUCCAUGCCUUUAGCCAGAGAUGGUGGAUGCUUCCCUUUAAGCUGUGAUGCAACAGAACUUGCUGUUCAUCAACUGUACAUUAUGGGGAUAGUUUUCAUAGAACUGUGUUCUUCUCUCUCUGGCUGUUUUACAAACUGGGUCAUAAUUAGGAUGCUAGAACAGAUUUCAUUAUGCUACAAUGUGGAGAACAUGCAGAGGGGCAAAUAUUUACAUUUUUACAAGUGUAAUUUGUAGGCAUAGCAGCCAGGCAUAUAGCAUGUACUCCACAGUGUACACUUUAAUAAUAAUGUAUUUAUUUUGUAUUUUGUGUAAUGAAAUAUGCUAAAACUAAAAAGAAAAGAAAAUGCUGCAUCUGUUAUGGUUUAUGGAUAAUUAUUUUGAUAAACAGCUUCUCUCUCUUUUUUUUUUAAUCUUGUGUUUCACAGAUGAGUUUUGCUAAUCCUGUCACUUCAGGGGUAUUUUUAUUGUAAAAAGUUAUACUGUCUAGCAUCAUUGACUGUCUAGGGCUAGAAUGUGUUAUACUGUUUUUUUUGGUGAGGAGGUUUUAUUCUGGAAGCCAGCUGCUGUACAAUGUUUGAAAAUUUUGGCUGCACCCCUAUUAUUUGGAGUCGUGCCUUGCCUCAAGAAAGUAACAACAUGUAUCCUUUCAUGGUGUGCAGCUGAAAUAUCCAGAAUAUUAAAGUUUUUUAAAGCCUUUGUAAAUAGGAAUAACAUAAAACCAAAUUGUGAAGACCAAAGCAAUGAUUGCAGAAUGUCAUGUUGUACUCCACACUGGAGUGAUUUGGUGAGAUACACAGUAACAACAGGAAAUAAU